GUUGCCCCUUUUUCGUUCCUAAAAUAGAUGGAGAAUAAGAAGAGAAAUAUAACGGCGAAUUCAUGGCGGGACUUAAGAGCACUGCAGCUGCUAAACCUCCAAGCUAGAAGCGGCACAAAUGCUCUACUGAUCAAACCAUGGUGCCUCAUUCACUUCAAUUUCUCCGUUUCAUUCCCUCCUCCAUUCGCCGCCUUUCCAUUUCCCCCUACAAACCCCAGAAUGGAAUUGCUUGGACAAGGAUGUUGAGCACUGAUGCAUCUUGGGCAGAAGGUGAAUUUGAUGAUAUCCAAGAUGAUACCAAAACAUCAGAGAAAGCCACUGCAUUGCAUUCGGCCCUCUCGCAGCUUGUAGGUGAUUUUGGCAAAGAAUCAAUGUUGUCCUUGCAGCGCUUCUUUGGUGCUAGACGACGUGCACCUGUUUUACCUACUGGCUCGUUGAGGCUUGAUCUAGCACUUGGGAUUGGAGGACUACCCAAGGGAAGAAUUGUUGAAAUUUAUGGACAAGAAGCAUCUGGGAAGACAACACUUGCCCUUCAUGUAAUUAAAGAGGCUCAAAAGCUUGGAGGUUACUGUGCAUACCUGGAUGUCGAAAAUGGAAUGAACCCCUCUCUUGCUGAAGCAAUAGGGGUUAAUGUAGAAAAUCUCCUUAUUUCACAGCCAGAUUCUGCUGAGAAUCUGCUAAGUAUUGUUGAUACCCUGACAAAAAGUGGAUCCAUGGAUGUAAUUGUGGUUGAUAGUGUGGCAGCUCUUGUUCCCCAACUUGAGCUUGAUGCUACUUUAGGUGACUCUCCUAAAGGCUUACAAUCAAAGAUAAUGACACAAGCACUACGUAAAAUUCAUUAUUCGUUAUGCAACUCUAGCACACUAAUUAUUUUCGUUAAUCAGGUAAGAUCGAACAAAAGAUUAGCUCGAGGCUCAGGGCGUAUGGAGGAAGUAACUUGUGGUGGAAAUGCUUUGCCUUUUUAUGCUGCUGUACGACUUAGAACGAUUAGAAAACAAUUGCUUAAGACCAAGGAUAAGAUUACUGGUCUUGGGAUCUGUGUAAAAGUGGUUAAAAAUAAGCUAGCCCCUGCAGCAACAGAAGCUGAACUGAGGAUACAGUUUGGAGGAGGCUUUUGCAUAGAAUCUGAGGUUUUGGAAUUGGCUUGUGAACAUGAAGUCAUUCUGAAAGGAGGAGGGAGCUACUUCAUAGAUGGACAGGUUUUAAACAGUAGACAGGAUGCUGAAGAUUAUCUAGCUGCCAAUGGUGCUGUUUUAGCUAAGAUAGUCGAUACUUUAAGAGAUCAGCUAUUUGUGAACAAGAUGGUAAAAAUAACUGAUUAGAUAGUCAGUUUCUGGUUUUAAUCAACACCAAAAAUUUUGCUGCUUCGUCCUGCAACAGUAUCCUGCUAAAGCCCGCCGAAGGAAAGCUAUGUUAAUGAGCAAGGAGCAACUGUGCGUUUAUUUCCUCUGUGGAGCAUCUGCAGCAACCAUGCUACGCAAUAACCUGCUUAUGGACUUCCUCUGUCACUGUAGGAAAGGCAUGCCUAUACUUAGACAGGACUUCGGCCAUUGCAAACAAUGGUUCUAGGAAAUGCCAUGUCCUUCUAGAAUAGUUGUGAAUCUUCUUUCUGUCUUAUGAUCAAGUAUAUAUUUUAUUUUGUUUUGAGAUGUGAGAUCACUAGAGUUGUUGCUGGACUGUGUUAUCUUUAGUUCAAAAUAUACAGGAGGGGCUCUAUUAUGAUAUAAGCAUGUGAGAGUCACAUGAGUAGUUAAUUGGUUAAGAAGGUAGGUAGUCUGUUAAAAGUAAGUUAAGGGUGUUUUAGUCUUUUCAGCUCUUCUUUCUUCUUCUUCUAGUAUAUAUCGACUGUAUACGGUAGUGGAGAGCAAGCUUGCCCAUUCUCUCAAUAACAGAGCAUUGUUCUAGAA